AUGAAGCGGGCACCGCCUAAAGGAUCCAAGAAGGGUACGGGUAAAACAUUGCGGUUGGAUGGAAUAUUGGUCGGUGAAAAAUAUGCUCCCGUCCACCAAGAUGGGGCCACUACUUUUCUCCCACUUAACUUGGAGAAGGAGAAAAAGGUGGCCGAGGCGAUCGGAUCUAUUGAUCCACUCGAUUUACCUACUGAAUUACACUUCCUCGAGCACAUAAUGGAUGCGGCUCAGUUUCCAUUAAUGAGAUGGGAUAUUGAUGCCGAGCAGGGGUGUCGACCAUUCUCGUGCAUGAGCGGCUCAGGUUCACCGCUGGCGCUCUUGGUCACGCGCUGA